AUGGCUGACCGGAGGCCACUACAUUCAUUGCAGCAGCACUUCACCUCCGUGGCUUACCCGCAAAGCAACGGACAAGCUGAAGUCGCUAAUCGGGAGAUUCUUCGGAUUCUUCGAGUUCGGCUCGACCAUGUCAGAGGCAGCUCGGUGGACGAGCUCCCAGGUAUAUUAUGGGCGAUCCACACGACCCCCAAGGAGGGAACGGGGGUCACUCCUUUCCAUUUGGUGUACGGAGGGGAGGCUAUCGUUCCUGUGGAGGUCGAAAUCGAAUCCAAUCGGGUGCAACAGUACAACACGGAUAAUGUCGAGUGGAGGCAACUAGAGCUGGACUUGAUAGACGAGGCGCGAGCCAAAGCAGCCUUCCGGUUAUUGGCGUACCGGCAAAGGAUGAGGCAGAAUUACAACAGGCGAGUAGUUCCCAGAGCAUUCUAG